UUCAUAUACCAGCCCUAUGCAUUAUGAUCUAAUCUUGACGCAUAUGUCGACGACAUUUUUGUUUAAAGCGAGUUGCGUCGUUGGAAAGUAGCUGCUACAUUUUCAUGAACUAAUUUCUGUUCCGUCUUCAAUAAAGGCGUGUUACUGCGUCAUACGUAUCUGUAGAUCAUGGUGGAAAACUCUCCCUCUCCUCUGCCUGAGAGAGCCAUCUAUGGGUUUGUCCUCUUCCUUGGAUCACAGUUUGGCUUCUUUCUGUAUUGUCUGUGGGCAUUUAUACCAGAGGAGUGGCUUCAUUCCAUUGGACUCACUUACUGGCCUCAAAAAUAUUGGGCCCUUGCAAUGCCAAUCUAUUUGCUGGUGGCAAUAACAAUUGUUGCAGUGAUGCUGUUUGGAGUAAACAUGAACAACACGGCUCCUCUCGACUCUGUAGACAACAUCACAGAUGUAUACGCUCAAAACCAGAGGACAGAAGGCUGCCGGAAAGGGGGGAUACCCAGACUGAAGGACGUCUCCAUUAGUGAAGUCAACAAAAUGUUUUAUUUAUCACCCAAGCUGUAACAAAUACACAACUCCUGUGAUUGGAUGCAAGGUAGAGGUGAAGGUGUGGAGGAUUUCUUUUGGCAUGUGAGGUCACUGUUGAAGGCACAAGCUUUAUUUAUUUAUCCAGGAACAAUGUGUGUAGAAUGAAUGCACAUUUCCAUGUUUAUAUUCAAUAAAUUA